AUGCCUGUCUCGUUUGAAGAAAGCCAGAGCAGCAACCCUGACUACACAGGGUUUGACCAUCUUACCUGGUACGUCGGAAAUGCCCUACAGUCUGCAUCUUUCUUUAUCACGCGGUACGGAUUCGAGCCCGUGGCGUAUCGUGGACCAGAGACAGGAUCCCAUCUGGUAGCAUGCUAUGUGGUUCGGAACGGACGGGCAGUGAUGCAGUUCAUGGCUCCAGUGGCAGACUCGAACAUCAUCGAGGUCGAUGCGCGAGCUUCAGCAACGGACCGCCAGCUCGCUAGGGAUAUCCACGAGCACCUUUCUCGGCAUGGCGAUGGGGUUAAAGAUAUUGCCUUUCAGGUGACCCAUGUAGCUGAGGUGUGGGCACAUGCGGUGCGCAACGGCGCGCAACCAGUCCAGCUUCCCGUGCAAACGGCAGAUGAAAAGGGAGAGGUCUGCUGGGCCACGAUCGGCGCAUACGGAGACACCACGCAUACCCUGAUCAACCGGUCCCAAUAUCGUGGGGAUUUCCUGCCUGGUUACCUGGAAGUUGCCGGUUCAGACGGGAUAAACAAAGUCCUACCUCCGAUCGACCUAGUUGAGAUCGAUCACUGUGUCGGUAUUCAACUAUCUGAAGGCCUCGACGAGGUUGUCAAAUACUAUGAAACCGCCUUCAACUUCCGCCAGUACUGGCCAGUUGAUGACACCCAGAUGUGCUCUGCCUAUUCGGCCAUGCGGUCCGUUGUCAUGGCGUCUCCAAAUAAAGUCAUCAAAAUGCCUAUGAACAAACCAGCUGUGGGCGUGGAGAGAUCCCAGAUCGAGGAGUUCGUCGACUACUACAACGGUGCUGGUUGCCAGCACAUUGCAUUCCGAACAGGCGACAUAAUCCAAACCGUGGAUCAUUUAUCAAAGCGGGGAGUGCUUUUCCUUGAAGUUCCUCGAUCGUACUAUAGCGAUCUCAAAAAACGGCUUGGAGAGAAGCACGAGAGUGUCUCAGCCAGGAUUGAACUCCUACAACGGUAUAAUAUCUUCGUCGAUUUUGAUGAAAGCGGGUAUCUGCUUCAGAUUUUUGCAAAGCAUAUCACGGACCGACCAACAGUAUUUAUCGAGAUCAUCCAACGCGAGAACUUUGAUGGAUUCGGGGCAGGCGAUUUCAAGAGCCUGUUCGAAGCGUCUGAGAGGGAGCAGGCCGGUCGAAAGAAUUUGUGA